GAGGAGGAGAAAGAGAAAGAGAGAAAUGUCUUAUAGUACGCUGCGUGAUUCGCUGCCGCCCUCAUAUUGAGUAGUUUUAGUGAGAAGCCAGUAAUAAUAGUUGGAGAGAGAGAAACCCAAGUAAAAGUAGCUGUCGGUGGUGCUGCUAUUUGUAUGAAGUCUUUCUUGCCACCUUGACAAAAAAAAAGGGACUAUGGCGUCUCUAAAAAUGGCGUUAACCCUCUUAUUUUUACAUUCCAUCGUUGAACUUGUACAUUGUGCGUCCCUGAGGUGGAUAUCUUUACCAUACACGGCUCCUCUGGGCCACCCUGUUACCAAGUUUCCGUGUCACCGCCAUACCACAGUGGCAGGAAUAAAUCUUAAUAACUACAACACAGAAAACAAAAAAUAUGUAGAAACUAUACAAAAUUCAAAUGAACUUUCAACACAAGCACAAAAGUUUAAAUUAAUAGCAACACCGGCCGAUAAGAGUAUGACGGCGGCUUCACAAAAUUCUAACACUUCUAAACAACUCUCUGCUUUGUUUUUAUUUGACUACACGGACUGUGAAUUGCUUACGAAUGGCAAUUUAAGUUCUUGGCGAGGCUACAAUAUCUCGCUAAACCUUACUUUACAAACAACACACUAUCACUCUAUCGUUCAUAUUUCAGCUAAUCUCUCUAGUAUAAAGUUAAAGUUUCAUAAUGAUAAUUAUUUCGGUUCUAUAUUUGAAAACCAACCGUCUGGUACAUCUGUUCGGGGCUUACACAAUCUUACUGUUGUGGCCGACUUAAAAACUACCUCUUUAGAUAUUUUACCUGAACAUAUUCACUAUCGUAUUCUCAGACCGCAAAAUGCUAGAAAAACUUUUGACCUUAAGGUUUUGCCUGAUGAAACAGUAGGAGUAUUCUCUAAAAUGUCACUUGACCGCGAGAAACGAUCAUAUUACCAAUUCCUUAUAGAAGCUAUUGGACCCCAGGGAAGUUUUGCCACUACAAAUAUCCGCGUCGAUGUUUCAGACCGCAAUGAUUCACCUCCCGUCAUGAAGAAAAAAAAGUACAUAACUAUGAUCAACGAAAAUACCCCUGUCGGUACCCCAAUUGUUCAGGUUUCUGCCCAUGACCCUGACAAUUCUAAUAGUCGGAUUACAUAUAGUAUAGAGAAACACAAACACACAAAUCAUUUUGCAAUAAAUCCGUCCAGUGGAUUUAUUUAUGUCACCAAGUCGCUAUAUCAAAACAUGGAUCUUCCUUUACUCAAAGUUCAUGCUACAGACGAUACUGGACAUCGAAGUCGACCAUCUCUUGUUAAAAUUGGACUAUAUGGAAAACGUGUGAAUCCAAUCCGACACAUGUCUAAUCCCACCCAUUUAUGGGUACCUUUAGGGGAUGAUGCAGCUUCCUACUCUUCAAUAGUCCAGGUGAGGAGAAGGAGGGCCUCCGUACCACAAAAAAGCUUUGUCAUCUAUGAAACCGAUACGGGGAGUUUGUUUAAUGUAUCUGUUCAGGACCCUACAUAUGCAUAUUCUCUUUUAACCGACACUUCGGGUUGGUUCACGGUUGACUCUACUUCAGGAAUUGUUUCUGUUUUACCUGGGAAAAAUAUAGAUGCAGAUUUGUACCAGAAUGUUGUUUUAAGUUUCAAUAUUACCAACGGCGCUAAAAGCCUUAUACAUCAAGUGACAGUGAAUAUAAUGAAACACAAACCUUAUUUUCUCAAUCGUCCCAAACCUCUAAAAGCUGUGGUGACCACAACUAUGAAAGCAGGAGCUCUGGUCUACACCCUUCGAAGUCAAUCUGACAAUCCUGGAAAUAUAAUCAAAUACAGAAUGACUGAUCCAAACAAAUACUUUGAGUUGAAUAAAGAUACUGGUGAUAUAACGAUUCUUUGGAAAGACAAACUCGUUCUUAAUAGGUAUUAUCCAUUGGAGGUUUAUGCUGUUGAUGUUUCUGUUACACCAAAUUUGGUAACUGGUCCUGAAACAUUGGAAGUUUUUUAUGGUGCCCUUCCACCUCAGUUCUUUCAGUCAAGCUACAGUGGCUCUGUUUUUGAAAACAACCAAGCCAAUCAAGAAAUUGAGAAUUUGUCUAUUGCUGUGAAGUCUUUCUCUGGUAAGAAUAUAAAUUUUGCUCUGACAACAAUAGCAAAUAUUGCUACCACAGAUUUUGAAAUUCGGAAGAAACCUGGAAAAGAUGCUGAAGCUUCAGUGUUUGUGAUGAAAACUUUCUUCUUCAAAGUUUCCAAUGUCUUUAAUUUAAUAAUCCUUGCUUCGGAUUCAACUUUGACUAGUUCUGUACCAUUGACAGUACACAUAAUUGAUGUGAAUAGUGAACCAUCAUUUAAUAUCCAAGAGUACAGAUCCUUGCCUAUAAAUGAAGAUGUUGCAGUUGGUACAGAAAUUAAGAAAACAGAUCUUAAAAUCAUUGCAAUUGAUAGAGAUGCUGGAAAAAAUGCUGAAAUUGUAUUUAAUGUCACUGAUGACCACUUCGAAGUAAAAAGAAACAAGAUAGCUGAUGGCCAAUAUGAAGCAAUUCUUGUUGUUAGGAAACCAUUGGAUUAUGAAAAACAACCUAUACAUAAAUUUAUCAUCACAGCUUCUGAUCUUGGAGAUCCACCAAAAAGUGCAACAGCUAAUGUAGAAGUGCAUCUGAAAAAUGUAAAUAACAAAUCUCCAAAUAUACCUGAAAAUAGCACAUUUCAUGUAAAUGAAAGAGCCCCAGUAAAUACUUUUGUUGCAAAAUUGAAAGUCACAGAUCCUGAUAAAGAUAAUGUAUGCUUCUAUUUUGGAAACUUUAAAAAUACAUAUGAAAUGUUUGCUAUUGAUAAAAGGCUAGGAAUUAUCACUGUGAGAUCUGAUCUUUCCAAUGCUAAAGAAAUGUAUGUAAUAAAUAUAACAGCGACUGAUGAACAGUGCUGCUGUGAAAAGUCUCCUCCUCACACCUCUUAUGGCAGUAUAACCAUAUAUGUUGAAGAUGUUAAUAACAACAAGCCUAAGUUUUCUGAAUGCAGUUCUUAUAACACAAGUAUUAAAGAAGAUAUCAGUCUGAAUUCAUUUAUCAUUCAGGUUAAAGCUGAAGAUAAAGAUCGAGGCAAAAAUGGCGAAAUUACUUACACACUGAUUGAGAGUAGCACUGAAAAAUUACCAUUUCAGAUUGGUAGUGAGUCUGGUAACAUUACUGUGAAGAAGAGCUUAUUGGACCAACAUGGAAUUUAUAACAUAUUGGUAAAAGCUACUGACAAUGGAGCUUCAAAAUUAUAUGACCUAUGUCUGUUGACCAUAAAUGUGUUGGAUGUCAAUAACAAUGCCCCGAAAUUUGACCAGGCUGAAUAUUUACACAUAGAACAAAAAACCAUACCUGUUGGACAGCCUGUAUUUACUGUCCAAGCAACUGAUGCUGAUGAAGGCAAGAAUGCAGACAUUUAUUACAACAUUAGCAGUGAAUAUUUUUCUAUUGACCAAAAUGGUAUCAUCACUGUAUCUAAACCUUUAACCAAUUAUACUGGUGAUUCAAUAGAUUUGACUGUGAAUGCUUUUGAUAAAGGUGCAAAACCCCUCAGCAGUUCAGUGACUGUGAAGAUCCAAUUCCAGAGUAAUCUUACCAAUGUCCCUUCAUGGUUAAAUCAAACAGGUCUUGUUAUUAAAGUCCGUGAAGACCAGGAUCGGAAUGUACCGUUUGCCUACCUUCUUGCGGAAUCUAAUAUACCGGAUAAAACUCUUACAUUCUGUCUAACUGAUUGCCGUAAGACUUUUGAAAAUUUCAAGAUCCAUGGUGAGGAUAACAAGAUGUUAAUAGCUCUAAGGGAACAACUUGAUUAUGAAACAAAAACAAGUUACCAAAUAUGGGCAAAAGUGAUGAAUCAACAUGUACCAACUCCAUUACAAAAAGAAAUCCGUUUCACCAUAGAAGUGCUGGAUACCAAUGAUAAUACUCCAAUAUUUGACAAGUUCGAUACUACCCAGGGAGUUUAUAUUGGAUAUAUAUCUGAGAAUAUGAAUGUAUCGACAUCAGUUAUUCAAAUAUUUGUUAGUGAUAAGGAUCCUACACCAGAAUUUAGAAAUAUCAGUCUUUCUCUUAAAAAUGACACAUUUUUCUCAAUUGAUAAAAACGGAGUUAUAAGAACUCGGAAAGUUUUUGAUCGUGAAAAGCAAGAAUACUAUUUUAUUCAGGUCAUUGCUGUUGAUAGUGCUAAUAAAUCUAACCAAAAUAAAGAAACUCGUAAUGUGAAAAUUCAAAUCACAGAUGUUAAUGAUGUAAAACCACAUUUUGAAAAAGAUUUCUACACAUUCCGUGUACCAGAAAAUGUACAGAAUGGUAAUCCAGUGUUUACACUCACUGCUAAAGAUGAAGAUGAUCCCAGUUCUGGCAGACUGGAAUAUUCUCUUCGUGACAAUAUAUUCACUGCUGAUAACUACGAUGGAAUUAUCAGAGUCCUCAACAACAAAUUAUUAGAUUAUGAAACACAACCUCAUGUUUUAAAUUUGACAUAUUAUGUUUCUGAUGGCAUAUUUGAAGCCAACACUACCAUUCAAGUAAUUAUCGAAGAUGUUAAUGAUAACAACCCAGAGUUUACAGAAAAAGUAUAUGAAGUGAAAGGUAUAGUUGAAGAAAAUAAAACCACUACAUCAACAAACAAGAUGUAUUUAUUGACAUUAACAGCAACUGACCCUGACAAAGAUCGAAAUAACAGCAUUACUUAUCACCUUGCUGGUGGAGCCCGGGAAAAAAGUGCAUUUGAAAUUGAAAGUAAAACUGGUGAUCUUUAUCUGCUAAAAGCCUUAGACCGCGAUUUUGGUACUGGUGGAAGUGAUAUUUAUUCAUUAAGUGUUUUUGCUAUUGAUGAGCCUGGUACUAAAAAUGAACGGAAAGGUUUUGCUAUUGUUGAUGUUUAUUUAAAAGAUAUAAAUGAUAAUGCUCCGAUAUUUGCGACUGAUACAGUUGGGUAUGUCCCAGAAAACUCUCCUAAAGGUACAGAAAUAAUGAAGGCUGUGGUCAAAGAUUAUGAUUCUGGACUUAAUAGUAAAAUAGAGUAUUCUAUUGUACAACAGCCACUUUUAAAUGGAAUUCCAUAUUUUAGUAUCGACCAGAAAGGAACAAUAAGUGUGAAUAAUCCUGUACUGGAUCGUGAAACGCAAAACCAAUUUCAAAUUAGAGUUAAAGCUAAAGAUGGGGGCACACCAUCUCUCUCCAGUGAGCGAAAGUUUAUAAUACACAUUACAGAUAAGAAUGAUAAUCCUCCAAAGUUCAUUUGUAAUGGUCUAAAUACUAAAAUAAGUGAAAAUCAACCUGUAAAUGUUCGUCUUAUAACAAUUCAAGCUCUAGACAAAGAUGACGGUGUAAAUGCUGAUCUACAGUAUUAUAUAGAUUCUAAAGGAAAGGAGAAUCAUUUUAAAAUUGAAGCUGACAAUAGAAACCGUUUAGCUUAUAUAUCAUUGCAGAAGCCCUUGGAUUAUGAAGAUAGCAGCCUUCGAAACUUUGAUUUGACUGUUAGGGUACAAGAUCCGGAUCCCACCCAUGUUGAUACCUGCACUAUUAGUAUCACUGUAACAGAUUACAAUGACAACAGCCCAAUUUUUACACCUCAAAGGCAUGAACUAACUAUUCCAGAAAACGAAAAAAUGGUCCCAAUAUACACUUUUGCUGUUUCAGAUGCUGACUCUGGAAAUAAUCAAAUUGUAAAUUUCAUGAUUGAACGCAAGUCCAACCCCAAGAAGCAGUUUAGUGUGAAAAAGGUUAACACAAAUGCUGUUAUCAGUAUCAGGAAAACAUUGGACCGUGAAGAUAUUCCAUCAUAUACACUGAUCAUUUUGGGAGUUGAUGAAGGAAACCCUCCACAAACUGGUACUGCAACUCUGACAGUAAAUUUGAGUGAUGUCAACGACAACUACCCAAUCUUCAAAGAGAAUUAUCGUCCAAUAGUUUGGGAAAACUCACCUCCCAAAAAAGAUUUUCAGUUGAUCGAAGCCAAAGAUAGGGAUGAAGGAAAAAAUGGACCUCCAUUUACCUUUGUUUAUACAUGUCGCGGCUCUAACUAUGACCUUUGCAAGGAUUUUGCAAUGACCUUUGACAAGUCUGCCCAGGUCGGUAAAAUUAGCUCUUUAAGAAAAUUUGACAGAGAAGUUAAGAAAUAUUAUGACAUGCCAAUUGAGAUGGCUGACAGUGGCAUACCUCCGAUGAAAGGCAUAAAUUAUCUUCGCAUUGAAAUUGGUGAUGUCAAUGACAACAAACAUCGUCCUGGAGCAAAAGAAAUAUUAGUUUAUAACUACAAAGGUCUUUUUGGUAACUUCCCAAUUGGCAGAGUGUACUGUGAAGAUUUAGAUGAUUGGGAUAAUGAUGACAAGACAUACACUUUCUUGGGCAAUGUUACACUAGCUGGCUAUUUCAAGCUCCUUUCAAAUGGAACUAUUAUAAUGGCUAAAGGAGUUCCAGAAAAAGAAUAUUUCUUCCAAGCUAGUGUUUAUGACAAAUAUUUUAAAAACACAGAAGUUUGUAAUGUUACAGUAAAAAUCAUAAGUGUUUCUGAAGAAGCUGUAAGGCGUUCUGGUUCGACGAGAUUCAAAGAUGUCACACCCAGUGAAUUUAUUGAAGAACGUUCUAAUGGUAGUGCAUACAACAAAUUUAAAAGUCAACUUGCUACUAUUCUUGGAGUUCCAGUUGCUAAUGUUGAUAUCUUCAGUUUAAUGGAAAAUGAGAUAGGUCAUACAGAUGUACGGUACUCCGCACACAAUUCACCAUGGUACACCCCUGGAAUGACCGACGGUGCUGUAGCAGUUAACAGAGCAAAGAUUGCUACAGAAGUUGGUUACCAAAUUGAUAUGGUGGGUAUAAACAAAUGCAUUGAUGAAUACUGUGAUGCUGGUGGCUGUACAAACAAGCUUAUCAUCAAAGAUACUCCAGUUCUGAUAAAUUCCAGUUCAACCGGUAUGAUUGGUGUAAACACAAGAGUUGAAGCUGAUUGUAUCUGUGGAGCUCGUGAUUUCAGUCAGCCUGUACAGUGUACACCUGACUACUGUUACAAUGGGGGCGUCUGCGAAAAGGACUACUUCCAGGUUGUCAAAUGUGUUUGUCCACCUGGUUUCACUGGACCAAGGUGCCAAGUAACUGGAAUUAGUUUUGAAGCAAAGGGUUAUGCUUUGUUUUCUCCUCUAGAACAGUGUGAAAAUAGCCGCACAAGUCUAGAAUUUGUCACUUUACAGAAUGGUUUACUUUUUUAUAAUGGUCCUGUAACAAAUAAACCAGCUAAUUCAGAAAGAGACUUCAUACUUCUAGAAUUAAUUAAUGGUUACCCUCAACUCAAAAUUGACCAUGGAACUGGAGAAUUAAUCCUCUCUCUGAAUGGAAAGGAUAAAGCUAAUAAAUUGAUUAUUCAAAAAGUCAAUGAUGGUAAAUGGCACCGUGUUGACAUCAUAAGAAAUAAGCGAGAGGUUCGUUUGAUCCUUGACCACUGUUUUGAGGCAGAAGCUGGUGAUCGCAGUCCUUGUGAAGUGAAAGGCACUACUCCUGAUGAAAAUAUAUAUUUAAAUACUGUUGACCCUCUUCAAAUUGGUGGCAUUUACAUGGAAACUUCAAGUAUUAAUUACCCCAAAUUUACUUUUGAUAGUUUUAAAGGAUGUAUCAAAAACUUUAUACACAACAGCCAGAUUUAUGAUUUACAAGUCUCUCGUCGGGAAUCUUUCUCCAAGAAUGCUCAAGUAGGAUGUUCUCGUACUGAAGAACAUUGUUUAGACAAAUGCAGUGGAAACUCAAUAUGUAUUUCAGAUUUUAACGGAAACUACCAAUGUGUUUGCAAUGCAGGUUAUCAAGGAAAAAUCUGUGACAAAAAAACCACUGUAAAGGAUUUUAAAAGUGACAGCUUCAUAACAUGGGAAUUCAAAAAUAGCUUUUAUAAUAAUAAGAUAAAUAACUUUAAGAAUGAAAUGCAAGUCAGCUUUAGAACACGAGAAACUAAUGGACUCCUUUUCAAAGUCCCUAGUUCUAAUCCAAACAAUUUUAUGCAACUCGAGAUUUUAAAUAAGAAAGCUUGUCUUGGUUAUAACUUUGGACAAACCUCAUCUCUGCAUUAUUUAUGUCUGGAUUAUGUUGAUGUAAAUGAUGGCCAGUGGCAUACUCUGAAAAUGAAACGUGUCAAGGAAGAAAUACAACUCAUGAUGGAUGGUGGCGAAGGACGCUUCUAUAAUGACAUUUUUGUUAAAACCUUCAAAACUCUUACAUUCACACCUAACAAGGUUGACUUCGCUGCAGGUGCCGAAAUUGUAAUUCAGAAUGCUAUUACAAAGAUCAAAAGCAAAGACUUCAAAAAUUCUUGCAUGAAUGACAUUCGCUAUGACGAUGCUUGGCUACCAAUGCAGCAGAGUGAGACAAACAGUGAAGCUGCUACGGUCAAACAGAUAAGAAAUGUUGCUGAUGACUGCAUACGAGAUGAUUGUAAAGGUGUCACUUGUGGCGUCCUUCAAACUUGUAUUCCAUUAUUUGGGAAAUAUAGUUGCAUAUGCAAUAAAGGCUACAAGAAAUCUUUGUCAAAAUGUGUUGACAUUGAUGAGUGCCAAGAUCCCAAAUGUUUUGGUAAUGCCACUUGCUUAAACACAAAUGGUACUUUUAAAUGUUUGUGUCCAAAAUACUGGACGGGUGAACUCUGUAACUUGGCCGAUCCUUCCCCUGUUAUUGGAAAUAAUACUCUUGCAACUGGCGCACUUGUUACAAUUUUGGUCUGUAUUUUCAUCAUAUUGAUCAUUGUGUUGCUGGUUCUCUUAUUUAAGCGGAACAAGAAAGCUGGAGACAAAUUUGUGUUAGAGGUUGAUUCUGAUGAUGACAUCAGGGAAAAUGUGAUCAGUUAUGAUGAAGAAGGAGCGGGUGAAGAGGACCAGUUAGCUUAUGAUAUUUCCCGAUUACGCAAAGCGGAACCGACAUUGAAACCUGUCAUUGAUAAGCCUGUGCGCAGUUAUAAUCCAGACGGGGAUCGACCUGAAGUCGGCAGUUACAUUGAUAAUCUUAUUAAGGAAGCAGACAAUGAUGAUGUUGCACCGCCAUACGACAGUGUCCGUGAGUUUGUGUACGAAGGGGCAGACAGUGAUGUAGGCUCUCUCAGUUCACUAAAUACAAGCUCUGGCAGUGAAGGAGAUAAUGAUUACGAUGCCUUGAAUGAGUGGGGACCAAAGUUUGCUAAGCUGGCUGAUAUGUACGGUGGUGGAGGAGAAUAACUAACUUAGACUUAAAAGAUGAAGUAGAAGUAAAAUAGCUGCAUUUUUUUUUAAGUAAGGAGGGGCAAAAAUACUAAAAUUUUCUAAUAAACUCAGGUUUGUUUGCUUCACCAAUUGCAUUUCAUAUCUUACAGAAAAAAAUGUACCCAAGAAAUAAGAAAAGCACAUAUAUAUAUAUAUAAACAAAAUUUCCAUCUUAAAGAAGAAAAAAAUUGUCAUUUAGUUAAGAGAUCAAUAGUGAGAAGCAAAAAGGUAGUUUUGAACCAGCUUCUUGAUGUCCAGAUUAUUUUCUAUGAUUGACAAUUGCUAUAUCUACUUUACAACUUGUAGCCACUGCCAAUGUCAAAUCCUCCUUUUAGUCUUUUAUUUAUUUAUUUUUAUUUAAAACAAAUUUUUUAACAAGAAAAGAAAUGGUUGAUUUCAAUAUUAUAAAUGUUAAUUUUAUUAUUAUAAGUUCAAUUUUUAGCCAUAUAUGUACAUAUAGCAACCUUGAAAAUUAAAAGUGUAUAUAUAAACUUUAGGAAUAUAACUAACCAUUUAAAAUGUAUCUUAGGUUGUAAAUGUAAAGUAAAAAAGAAAAAUUACCAGUAUUAGCCAAUAUAUCUAGUAUUAUCAACAAAGGUUGAUAGUUCAUAUUUUUGCUAAAUAUUUCAAAGCUUCUUAACACUCUAAUUUUCAUGUUUAACAAAAACAACUUUGGAUUAGUUUUGUCUUAAUUUUAAAUUUUAGAACUUCAAUUUUGUCCAGUUUGUGAUUAUAUUAGACAAACUAACAGUUUUCAAAUGUAGAUUUAACUUGUUUUAGUAAUAUCUAGAAUAUUUUUCCAAUACUAUACAUUGUUAUAGAUCAGUUCUGUCAGAACUUUGCCAUAGAUCUGCUCAGAACUGUAUCAUAGGUCUUCCCGGUUGGGAUGGUGUCAGAGGCCUGCCCUGUCUGGUUGUGGCAGUGUCAGAGGCCUGCCCAGUUGGGGCAGUGUCAGGUGCCUGCCAGUAGGGGUGAUAUCAGGUGCCUGCCUGGUCAGGGCAGUGUCGGGUGCUUGCCCAGUUGGAACUGUGCCAUACAUCAGCUCAGUCAAUUGGAACAUGUGAUUUUUAUAUAUCUGAGUCUUCUAUAGUUUUGCCACUCAAUCACUAAGUGCCAUACACUCACAUUGCACUGUGAUGAAGCAGCAGAAAUAAAAUGAAAUAAUAGUUUUAAAAGAUGGUUACAAAGUUUGGGAUAUAUAAUUGUAAUUAAUUCUCUGAAGUUCCAUGAGCAAAUUAAAAAAAAAAAACAUUCUAUCUACUGUCUUUAUUAUGGCCAAUAUUUUGAUAUAUAAUUAUUUCUAAUUCAUUUGCUAUAAUAAUAAUAGAUUUAUCCCACCGCCAAAUAGCAAAUGAGUUUUCAGUUA